CUGGGACACUAUGCGCAUUUCCGGCCAGCUCAGCGCGUCAGUGCUGUCAAUCCAGAGGUUUGGGUUUAGCAGUCAGUUUGGCCAAACUUUUCGCGACUUGCCUGUCUACUAGUUAGAAAACUGUCAGCCCAAAAUGGUUUUGCUGACUAUGAUUGCCAGGAUAGCGGACGGAUUGCCGCUUGCCGCCUCAAUGCAAGAAGAUGAACAGUCAGGGAGGGACCUUCAGCAAUACCAGAGUCAAGCAAAGCAGCUGUUCCGUAAACUGAAUGAGCAGAGCCCCAACCGAUGCACGCUGGAGGCUGGAUCCAUGGCUUUUCACUAUGCGAUAGAGCACGGCGUUUGCUACCUGGUGCUGUGCGAGAUGGGGUUCCCAAAGAAGCUGGCCUUCGCCUACCUGGAGGACCUCCAGGGCGAGUUCCACGAACAGUACGGGAAGAAGGUUCAUUCAGUGUCUCGGCCGUACUCCUUCAUUGAGUUCGAUACCUACAUGCAGAAGACAAAGAAGUCGUACAUUGACAGCAGGGCGCGUAGGAACCUGGGCAGCAUCAACACAGAACUGCACGAUGUGCAGAGGAUCAUGGUGGCCAACAUUGAGGAAGUGCUCCAGAGAGGAGAAGCCUUGUCUGCCCUGGACUCCAAGGCCAGCAACCUGUCCAGCCUCUCCAAGAAAUACCGCAGCGAUGCCAAGUACCUCAACACGCGCUCCACCUACGCCAAGGUGGCCGCUGGAGCCGUGGUCUUCAUCACGCUCAUCGUUUACGUGCGCUUCUGGUGGCUUUGAGAGGGACGGAGGCACGGACAGAUGAGAAACGGACGCGGGGAAGGAGAGAGAGCACGCGGUCCUCAAACGCAAACGACAACCCUUAGAUUUUGCUUCCCGUCCUUCAGGUGUAAUUACCGUUAUUAUUUUUUAUCAACAGCUACAGGGAAGUUCCGAACAGCAGUGAGUGAGUUUGUGUUGAAUGAGCUUGGGUUCCUUUUAAUGCCCACGCAAGCGUAAACAUAGCUCACUUCCUCAGGUGCUGUACCAAAGCCGUGUAGUAGAUAUAAAGGCAAUACAUUCAUCUGCAGGACUGGGCAAAGUCACUUACACCCCCAUUGUAUAUUGGUAUCAUCCAUACUUGCACCUUUUACCCUAGCCCUGCAGGAAUGUUAAUGGACUAUUCCAGUUUCUACUUUAUAUGGGUGAAAGGGUUGACAUUUUGGCUCAACAAGUCACCCUGUGUCAGUGGGAUUGCAGAUUCUUCUCUCCAGUUACCUUCUGUACAUGAGCAAGUGGGUGAUGUACAUGGACCUGCUGGACCGUAUGCACCGGCUUAUCAAUGAUCAUGACACUGGGAAGUAAUUAUGUGGACUUUAAUAAGAAAUCACAUUAAAACUCCCAUAUACAGAAAAGUGAACACUUAAUUCCUGCCUAAUAAAGUAAAUGUUUUUCA